GCACAAGUUACACACCAGGACACUAGGAGUGUUGGUAGGGUACCUCGUGGGGAUCUAUCCGGUGAAUUUAGUUUUAGGCAUUUAAGUGAAAAUGUCGUGGUUAUUUGGAUAUAGGGGAAACCAACCGCCCCCAGAAGCACCACAGAUCCCCGUACCACCUGCUGAAGGUGGUGGCAGCGGAGGCGGCGACGAUAAAAACACGAAAAAGGCCAUGGAAGCAUACCGGUUCGAUUCCUCUGCUUUGGAGAGAGCUGCUCAAGCUGCAAAGGAUCUAGAAAGAUCAAAAUUUGCAAAGGAAGCCCUGGAGCUGUCGAAACAACAAGAGCAAACAAAGCAACAGGAAUAUUUUGCCAGAAUGAAGGAAUAUGAAGCACAUAUUGAACACACCAAGGUUGAACAGAAGAGGGUUGACGGAGAGGAGAAGCGGAAAACUUUGCAAGAGGAGACAAAACAAAACCAGAUUCGCGCUCAGUAUCAGGAUCAGUUGGCCCGGAAAAGAUAUGAAGACCAGCUUCAGCAGCAACAGCGAAUCAAUGACGAGAAUCUUCGGCGGCAGGAGGAGUCUGUGGCAAAGCAGGAAGCAAUGCGGAGGGCCACAAUUGAGCACGAGAUGGACCUGAGGCAUAAGAAUGAAAUGAAGAGAGUGGAAGCAGAACUUCGAGCAAAGGCAAAGGUGGAUAGAGAAAACCAGGAUCUGACUCUUGAGCAGAUCAGGCUGAAGGCUGCCGAGAACAGGGUCACCGUUCUGGAGUCCAUCAAGACAGCUGGGUCUGUGCUUGGGACUGGGGUCCAUGCUCUCCUGGCUGACUGGGACAAGAUUCUCGCAGCUGCUGGUGGUAUAUCCCUGCUCGCUCUUGGUGUAUACUCGGCCAAAGGGACUACAGGGGUAGCAGCUAGACACAUAGAGGCCAGACUUGGCAAACCCUCUCUUGUGCGCGAAACAUCUCGAUUCUCUCUGAUGGAGGUGUUAAGGCACCCGGUGCAGUCAGUGCAGAAGGUAUUCUCCCGAUUCAGGACGCAAGAUGCCCUCUCUGGCGUUGUGCUUGCCCCCAAGCUGGAGGAGCGACUCAGGGACAUCGCAAUAGCAACAAAGAACACAAAACGGAACCGUGGAAUGUACAGGAAUAUCCUUAUGCAUGGUCCCCCUGGUACUGGGAAGACAAUGUUUGCAAAGAAACUGGCAACACAUUCUGGCAUGGACUACGCGAUCAUGACAGGCGGUGAUGUGGCCCCAAUGGGACGUGAAGGUGUGACAGCAAUCCACAAGGUGUUUGACUGGGCUGGCACAACACGCAAAGGACUUCUUCUCUUCGUUGACGAGGCAGAUGCUUUCCUACGAAAAAGGAGUUCUGAGACAAUCAGUGAGGAUCUUCGUGCCACGCUGAAUGCCUUCCUGUACCGCACAGGUGAACAGUCAAACAAGUUUAUGCUAGUUCUGGCUUCAAAUACUCCAGAGCAGUUUGACUGGGCUGUGAAUGAUCGUCUGGAUGAGAUGGUUGAAUUUAGCCUCCCAGGACGCGAAGAACGUGAACGUUUAGUUCGCCUAUACUUUGACCAAUUUGUACUGAAACCAGCAAUGGAAGGAAGAAGACGGUUGAAGCUGGCACAGUUCGACUAUGGGCUGCUGUGCUCUCAGAUCGCCAGCAUGACAGAAGGAAUGUCAGGGCGAGAGAUUGCCAAGCUGGGUGUUGCAUGGCAGGCUGCAGCAUACGCUUCAGAGGAUGGCGUCCUCACAGAACAGAUGGUCAUGGACCGGGUGAUGGAUGCUGUAACACAACACAGGCAGAAGGUGGAGUGGCAGAGUGAACAAGAGCGUCGCGAGUCAAAGACAUUGUCAUAUUCGUCAGAUAAAGAUGCGCUGUAUGUUCCUGUAUUUGCAAAACCAGAUGAGCAGAAGACAGAACCAGGACUGGAGAGGAGUUAGGGAGUUGUGAGUAGUGUUUGUUAUCAAUAUUGUGGCGUGCAUCUACUGCCUGUAGACCUUUUCCAAGUAGUGACAGCUCAUGUGAACAGUGAAAGGGGUCAAGUUAAAGGGCCCACAAUAGUUUCAGUUGUGAAUGGUCAGCUUCAUGCUACUGUUGCAAGGAUAACAUGUAUGAUAGGUCAACCCUAAACCAUUCCAAAUACUGUGAGAACAAGUUAGGAAACACACACACUGUAGCAGUUCUGGCACAUGGAUAUCUUCAAUUUAGUUGUUUCAAAAACUGUAAGACUUACUGAAAGACUGUGUUGGGUAUAGAAUGCUUGUUUUUAUGUGACCUGAACUUUUGUUCGAGAUACUUUGUGCUCCGAUAAAUAUGUAGCAAGUUAUGCUUGAGAAACCUGCAGAAACACAGAAACACACGCAGGUGUUAAUGUAAAAUGUUUGUUAUUGUCGUCUGAUUUUAACUUAAACUGUAUGGGUAAAAAGUCUUAGUAGGAAGUCCUCACUUUCAGAUCUCAUGAAAAUAUUUUAAGUGGUUCUCAUGCUGUAUCAUGCAUUGACAGGUGGAGCCAUCUUAAUCAUUGUUCCACAGGAGCAGGGCUCAUGGUGUGGUCUGAAUCUCUGCUGCCUACUCAUGCUUAAUAUCUGAAGAAGAGUUCAGAAUCCUGUAUUAUUAUAAUUGAAAUUUAUUCGGGGAAAGUGGAGCGCCAAAAUAUUUUGUGUUUGUUUCUGCUCAGUUGUCUCAACUCUUUGGUUGUGGUCUUCUGGCAGUCCAUCCUUCUCAGCAAGGCCAAAGCAACUGACUGCCUCUAAAGCCUCAUUCAUCUCACUGCCAUGUUUGUUUAAUGAAUUUUUAUAAACGUCAUGGGAUCUGUAAUGUCAUUCGGCAAGGUAAAGUAAAGGUGAAGUUGUCCCUGUGCUUAACUAAUUAAGCACUACACCAUGAAGGCAUAUGGAGGAGUGGAUGUAUAGAUCCACAUUUUCUUUAUCUUGGCUCUAGUUGGUGGUGAGUGAUGUCAUUUGGCAAGAUGAUUACAAAUUGUGAUUUGGAAGAAUUUGGAAGAAAAUUCUGCUGACCUCGUAAGCAUUUCUCUGGGGAAUCAAGAAAAGUACAAGAAAUGUUUUUCAUGAAUGGUCUCUGUCUGAAAUUCAAAUACGGAGCCUUGAGGUAUGAAGCAGAACCACUGAUUAUGACCGUCAUGACUUACAAAGUUUGUCAUCAUGGCAAACAUUCUUAAACCCAAAACUUUGACAUGAGGCAUGAUGUGGAAACAUGGCAGCUCAUAAUUAGGCCCCACAAACUGAUUGUCUCCAAGACUAUGGCAUAAGUGAGAAACAUCUGAGCUGUGACUAACUGCAGUAAACUCCCAUUUAUCUGGUAUCCAAGCAUCUGGAAUGUUCAUUGAACUGGCAAAAAUUUUCAAAGGAAAUUUGUGGUGUUUUAAAGUUAUUCGAAAACAAAUUUGUGAUGAGUGUAUGGUCAUGGACCACUUGAUAGUUCUCCCAUCCACCACCUACAACACUACCUGUCUUCCUUCCUCAUACAGAGGCUAGCUGAAUGUUUCACUCACUGAUCUGCUUUGUUACCUAGGGAACUCCAAUGCAAGAGUCAAAAUGGAAACCUGUUGUUGUUUUGACUUAGUAUCACGUUUCUGUAAGAGUUCUUCUCAUGUAACCAGCACACCCCAUUCUCCAUACAUGCCAGAUAAUGCAGAAUUUACUGCACUUAAAAUAGAGUCCUGCUUGAGAAGCUAAUGGUACCACAGCUAGUCAAGAAGAUUUUUGCCAUUUUGUAAGUUGAUGAUGUAUUACCAUGCUCACAUCAGUCUGCCACCCGGCCAUAUCCUGAUCCUGAUCAAUCUGGUCCACACUGCUUUGCCUGAUCUCUUUAGGAUGCACUUUAAUAUUAUCUUGCCAUGUGACUUCCAAAUCCUUCCUUCCAUUGAGGUUCUCUAAGUGAAAUUUUGUAUGUAUUUCUUGCCCAUGUGACCCUCCUUGAGUUGGCAAUCACAUGUCUGCUGAAGAGAAUAAACUGCUGUUUCUUGUUU